AUGCUUCGAUUGCAUCACGGCGCAUCGGCGCUUCGAUUCGCGCGUCCGCGACCGCGUUUCGGGCGAUCGGCGCGCGCGGUGACGCCCACGAAGGCUGGUUUACUCGAUUCGUUCCGGAAUGUGUCGAAGCGUUCGCAAAACGGCGCAAAAAGCGCGACGGGGACGACGUCGGAGGUCGACGUCGCCGCGCUCGAGCGCGCGGUGAAACUUGAGACCGCGCCCGUGCGUCAGGGAGAGAAAAACGAGGCGAAUACGAAGCGCAGGGCUGUUAUGGCGGGGAACUGGAAGCUCAAUCCGAAGACAGCCGCGGACGCGAAAACGCUCGCCGCGCUCGUGGGCGCGGCCAGACGUGAUGUCGACGCGGACGUGGACGUUUUCGUCUGUCCGCCAGCGCCGUUUUUGGCGGACGUCGUGCGUGUGCUCGAGGGGUCCGGCGUCGCCGUUGGAUGCCAAAACAUUUAUUGGAAGGACUCCGGGGCGUUCACAGGGGAGAUGACGGCGGAGAUGGCGAAGAGCGUUGGAUGCACUCACGUGCUUGUCGGGCACAGCGAGCGCAGGGAGCUAUUCGGCGAGACGGAUGAACACACGCGAUUGAAGACGCGCAAGGCGAUCGAUUGCGGCAUGACGGCGGUAUUGUGCAUCGGGGAAACGAAGACGGAGUACGAGGCUGGUCAGGCUCGACGCGUGUGCAGCAGACAGCUCGAGGCUGCGCUCGAGGGCGUCCAAGCGGACGAGCUAUCACAGGUGAUAGUCGCGUACGAGCCGGUGUGGGCCAUCGGCACCGGGCUCACCGCGACACCUGCUAUAGCGCAGUCCGUGCAUGCGGGUAUUCGUCAGUGGUUUCGUGAGAAGUACGGCGAUGGAGCGGCGAGUAAGAUUCGCAUUCAGUACGGCGGAUCCGUCAAGCCGGAAACCGUGGACGAGCUCAUGCAGGCGCCAGAUGUCGACGGGUGCCUCGUCGGUGGCGCGUCGCUCGUCGCUGAACAGUUCGGGCGAAUAUUCAAUUUCGAUCCCACUCCGGAGGGUCCGCGAAAGCUUUGGGCUGAGGAGGUCGUGCCGUGUGGCAACCAACUGGGCGAGUCGCCGAUUUGGUCAGAGGAACGUCAGACGCUUUACUGGGUUGAUGCCCCGGCGGGAACACUUUUCAGCUGGGAUUUGAAGUCGGCGCCAGUGAGGACAAAUUUUGGUGAGGUACUGGGAUGCGUCGGUCUUCGAAGCGGCGGCACACUCAUCCUCGGUCUCGAGUCGGGUCUUCACGCUUUUGACCCGGCGACGAAGAAGCUCAAGCUCUUGUCUGAGUUCGAACCGGGACUAAACACGCGACCUAACGAUGGUCGCGUCGAUCGAUUUGGGAAUUUCGUUAUCGGCUCGUACAACAACGCGCACCGCGUUGACGCCGCUCCCAUCGGAGGUUUGUGGAGACUCCGCGCCAAAGGCCAAGAGCUCGAGGAGAUUCUCGAUUACAAGUUCAGAUGCUCCAAUUGCAUUUGCUUCACCAAGUCCGGAACCACGAUGUUUUUCUGCGACACGCCAACCAGGAAGAUUUAUCAGUUCGAUUAUGACCCGCGUGUGGGGCCGAUGAACCGCCGCCUUUUGUACGAGCUCCCGAGUUCCGUCCCGGGCGGCCCCGACGGAGCGCAGUGCGACGACGACGGCAACCUGUGGGCUGCCAUCUCUGGCGCCGGCAAGGUGAUCCGAAUCACCCCCGAGGGUAAGGUCAAUCUCGAAAUCGAACUUCCUGUGAAGCAACCAACCUCGGUCACGAUCGGGGGGCCGAUGCUCGACACGGUGUUCAUCACCACUCGCGCUGAAAACGGCCGCAACGACGCUGGCUCGCUCUUCGCUUGCCGCGUCGACGACACCAGAGGCAUUCCCGAGCCCGAGUACGCCGACUCAACCUCGCUCGCGAACGCUGAAACCCUCACCCCAGGUCUCACUCGAGCCGAGCAAUCCGCCGCCAAGUCCAAGUUUUGCUCAGACUGCGGCGUCGCGUUCGCCUCCAAAACCGCUCGAUUUUGCGCCAACUGCGGCGCGCGACGGAGCUAA